UUACGGUAACAAUUUUUAAAAAGAGGAAAUUCUGAACGCACUCGCACACGGUCUGAAGAGCUGACGGGACAGAACGAUGCUUGUAGCCUGUUAAAGUGGAGGAGUGUGUAUUUUUUUUUUUGCUGAGGGGGAGGAGGUUAUCUGCCAUCCAGUAGCUCACACACGUCUCACACGUCCAUGACGAGGAUGAGGGGAACGAGGGAACAUAUACACGCGCUUUACUCACACACCCUCACUACAGCCGUGCUGUUCUGCCUGAGCUCCGAAUGUCGCGUCCAGCUGCGUCCUGCACACUGACUCGGGCUGGGAACGUUUCUCUUUAAUCUCUGUGUAUCUCGGACAUCAUCGAUCGCGAUGAUCAACAGUGUAGCGUAGUUUAAUCACAAGGACUGUAGUUUCGCUACAAAUCUCGUGUGCGUAGUUCGGGCUGUAGACAGAGCCAGCAGGAGGAGGAGGAGGGAGAAGAGGAAGACGGGGGAAUUCACCGCGUAAAAUGACCAUGUCGGUCCCAGAAAGGAUCUCGGAGUCUGGAGGAAAAGAAGAGGAGAGCGAGGAUGAGAGCGAGAUCCUGGAGGAGAGUCCAUGUGGCCGCUGGCAGAAGAGAAAGGAGCAGCUCAGUCAAGGGAACGUCCCUGGCAUCGAGAGUGCUUCCUUGGCCAUGGACACAGAAGAAGGAGUGGAGGUGGUCUGGAACGAGGUGCAGUUUUCUGACAAAAAGGUCUUCAAGGCGCAUGAGGACAGAAUCAAGGAAAUGUUCGAGAACCUCAUGCAGGUUGAGCACCCCAACAUCGUUAAGUUUCAUAAAUACUGGCUGGACAUGAGGGAGAACCGAGCUAGGGUGAUUUUUAUCACAGAGUACAUGUCCUCUGGAAGUCUUAAACAGUUUUUGAAGAAAACUAAGAAAAAUCACAAGACAAUGAAUGUUAAGGCAUGGAAACGCUGGUGCACACAGAUCUUGUCUGCCCUCAGUUACCUGCACUCAUGUGAUCCACCCAUUAUCCAUGGAAACCUGACAUGUGACACCAUCUUCAUCCAGCACAAUGGCCUCAUAAAGAUCGGCUCAGUGUGGCACAGGCUAUUCGUCAAUGUAUUCCCAGAGGCCAUCCAUGGGAACGUGCACCAGCACCGAGAUGAGGCGCGCAAUCAGCACUACUUUGCUCCAGAGUACGGCUUUGCUGAGGACGACUACUCUAUUGACAUAUAUUCUUUUGGAAUCUGUGCUUUGGAGAUGGCAGUUUUGGAGAUUCAAGCCAAUGGUGACACAGCUGUUUCCAAAGAGGCCAUAGCACAUGCUGGGCAGUCACUGGAGGACCCUCUCAUGAGAGAGUUUACACAGUCAUGUGUGCGCUCAGAGGCCAAGACGAGGCCGACAGCACAUGACCUGCUGUUCCACAGAGUAUUGUUUGAAGUCCACUCCUUGAAGUUGCUCGCUGCCCACUGCUUCAUCAGCAACCAGUAUCUGCUUCCUGAGAACUGUGUAGAGGAGAAGACCAAGGCUAUAGACCCAAAUGGCAUCAUGGCAGAGAUAAACCACAGUGACCGACCGGGAAUCCAGCUAAAGUACUCCCAUGUUUCUCCACUGGAGCUGGACAAGUUCCUUGAGGAUGUGAAGAAUGGGAUCUACCCCCUAAUGAACUUCGCCUCCCAGCGGCCGCAUCCUAUUCCGCGAGCCCUCUCUUUGUCCCAGGAGCAUAUGGAGACGGUGAAGACUCCAACUCCAGAGCCUCAGGAGACCGAAACCAGAAAGGUUAUCCAGAUGCACUGCAAUUUAGAAGCUAAUGAGGAAGGCACCAGGAGUCAUCUUUCUCUGUUUUUGAAGAUGGACGACAAACUUCACCGCCAGCUCAGCUGUGAUGUUCUUCCAACUGACCAUCCCAGAGAUCUGGCCAGUGAGCUGGUCCACCAUGCAUUCAUCAGCGAGGAUGACUGUGAAAAGUUGGCAUGCUUUUUGGAAGAGGCGCUGGGGAAACACUGGGGUGGGGCUUCCACAUCUCCUUCGGCCAUCUUGUUAACGCACUGAGUCGCACUGGAGCGCUGUUGUAAAACAAACGACUUGGCUGGAGCUGGUCUGAGAGAAAGGAAAGAGGGAGUUGAAGAGUUACCAAAACUUUUAAAUGGGGAAAGGUCACAACAUGCCUUGAAGUGAUAAAAUUCAAUAGCUCCAUGGUAGCAAGGCUGUAAAGAACACUGACCAUUGACAUUCUCCCAAAACACAACAGGCUUGUUGCUCUUUCACUGGUGAUGAAUCCACCAUGUAUUCCUUUAUAUAUUUGAUGGAUUGUUGUGGACAUUUUAAGUACUGUUUUACCAUGCUGGAUGGUAAUAUCCAUCCUCCAUCCAAAAAGUUUCUGGCAAAGGAGAAGUCUUAAGAACAAGGAACACUGAAACAAGAAAGAAUACUAUUUGUACAAACAAUUGGUUCUCAUGGGUUUGCAUACCCAUGUGUCUUAAACUGUCAAGUGUUUUUUUUUUUUUUUUUUUUAAGAUAACUGCAGUGUGUAUUUAUUUAUUGUUUAACUAUUAAACAUGACUAGAAAGUGUGACUUACAAUUCCCAAUGAGAAUCCAAUUAUGUGAUACAGUAUGUUUUAUUAUUCCCUGCAAAAAGAAAAAAAAAAAUUAAUAAAUGAGUGACAAGGA